CAUUUUCCAUCACUGAUCUCUACUGUUCAGUGCCACCCAAGUACCACCCUUCCAUAUAGAUUUGUUAAAAACGGAAUAUACAAAAUUCUCUUGUGAACUACGGAAGCUACCCCACUUAUGUCAUAUGAAAAUUUGUGUAACUACAUAUAUUGCACUUAGCGGAGUUAUCGUAUUAAAAACUAUCUAAAAGGACAUGACACUUCGUCGUAUGAGACCAAUUUUGUUAAUUUCCGCAUCACUGUUGGCAUUUCAUUUGUUGACGUCAGUAGAAUCUGUACGAAAGCAAAACGUCAAAAAAGAAGCAGAGAAAAAUUUUGAUUUUGGAAAAUUUGAAGAAUCGCACUCUCUGGCGGAUAAGAAGCGGUGAAGCAUCGAAAAUAAUUGCUAUUUUAAAAUCGAAGGCCAACAAAAGUUUUUAUAAGUGAUCAGCAAUGGCACAGAAGGCACAGGAAUUAGUGGAAAAGUACCGAAAGUCUGUGGAUGCAGCACUCAAAGACCGCAGCAAGCCCUGGACACAGGCAUUUGAGUUCGUCGAAGCAAAAACAAACGUUCCCAGAUUGUACUUAUUUUUGGGUGCUGCUGCAUUCUGUGCUUUAUAUUUGAUUUUAGGCUAUGGUGCUCAGCUGCUGUGCAACACAAUUGGUGUUGCCUAUCCUGCUUAUAUCUCCAUACACGCCAUUGAGUCGAGUACGAAAUUGGACGAUACCAGAUGGUUGAUUUACUGGGUGACUUAUGCUAUAUUAUCACUGAUUGAAUAUUUCUCCGGUUUUCUGACCUCUGUCAUACCUUUUUACUGGUUACUUAAGUGCGCAUUUCUCAUCUGGUGCAUGCUGCCAAUCGAAAGGAAUGGAUCUACCGUCAUCUAUCAAAGCGUUGUGCGCCCAUAUUUCCUGAAGCACCACCGAGCCGCUGACGAGUUUAUUGAUAAGGUGGCUUCUAAGGCAAAGGACUCCAUCCACAGCAUCACUAAACAAGAAUAAUUUGUAAUAAUUUAUGUUUGAUAUUACUCAUUAUUUUGAUGUAAUUGCAUUUCUGGAACAUCAGACAGAAGAAAGCAAUCAAUCAUAAUAAAUAGCUUUAUGUGGAAUGAAUAAAAGGAGAGCAACAAAGAACAAAGACAAUGAAUAAUCCACAUAUUUAAUCAGACAUGAUAUUUUUAAAACACAUUUGAAAUAAAAACACAUAUUUUUUAAAUCAAUUAAAUUAUUAGUACAGCACCUAGCAUUGUUUUGUAAAUGCAGCAUACACGCCUUUAUGUAAAAGUAAAA